UUUCCUUUUUUUUUUCAAUAAUCAAGAAAAAAAUUACUUUCCUCCACUUUUUUUUCAUUUUAUUUUAUUUAAAUAUUUCUCAAUAACCAUUUUUUUUUUAUUUAUUCAUUCAUUCAAACCCUUUUUAUAUAAAUACAAACUAACUUUUUUUCUUUGAGAAUUAGAGAGAAUUUCACAGAAAAGAAAUUGAUCUUUGUGUGAAAAAAAAUGGGUGAGACAGACCACCACCAUGCACCACCGUCAGCUCAGGCACCGCCACCGGGACCACCACCGCAGAAUCUGGGACUUUCAAGGGGACCCACUUGGACUCCAGCUGAACAACUUCUUCAACUUCACUAUUGCAUCCAUUCAAAUCCUUCAUGGCCGGAAGCAUUGCUUUUGGGAUUUCAGCACUACAUUGUGAUGCUUGGAACAACAGUAUUGAUUGCAAGUAACCUUGUUCCUCAAAUGGGGGGGAAUCAUGGCGAUAAGGCUCGUGUGAUUCAGACAUUGUUGUUUAUGUCUGGUGUGAACACUUUGCUUCAGAGUUGGUUUGGGUCAAGGCUACCGGUGGUUAUGGGCGGAUCACUUGCUUUUGUUCUUCCGGUGAUGUCAAUCAUAAAUGAUUACAAUGACCAGAGUUUUUCAUCUGAGCAUCAGAGGUUUACCUAUACAAUGAGAACAAUUCAAGGAUCUCUAAUUGUUUCUUCUUUCAUCAAUAUCUUCCUUGGAUAUAGUAGGACAUGGGGAAAUUUAACAAGGUUGUUUAGUCCCAUUGUGAUUGUACCUGUGGUAUGUGUGGUGGGUCUUGGUCUGUUCGCAAGGGGCUUUCCGAUGCUUGCAGAUUGUGUGCAGAUUGGACUACCAAUGCUCAUUCUACUGGUCAUAACACAACAGUAUUUGAAGCGUCUUCAUCCAACUGCUCAUCAUGUACUUGAGAGGUUUGCUUUACUUAUCUGCAUCGGCAUUGUCUGGGCUUUUGCCGCUAUCCUUACUGUGGCGGGUGCAUACAAUACUUCCAAACAACAGACCCAAGUUAGUUGCCGAACAGAUCGCUCGUACCUUUUGUCUUCUGCUCCUUGGAUUAAAUUUCCAUAUCCAUUUCAAUGGGGUACCCCAAUAUUCAAAGCCAGUCAUGUCUUUGGGAUGAUGGGGGCAGCACUUGUCUCUUCUGCAGAGUCAACUGGUACUUUCUUCGCUGCAGCCAGGCUUUCCGGUGCAACACCUCCUCCUGCACACGUGCUCACUCGAAGCAUCGGGCUGCAGGGUCUUAGCAUGCUGCUUGAAGGCAUUUUCGGUUCUAUUGUCGGUACUACAGCAUCUGUUGAAAAUGUUGGUCUACUCGGUCUCACGCAUAUAGGGAGCAGAAGAGUGGUGCAAAUAUCAUGUGCUUUCAUGAUUUUCUUCUCUAUUUUUGGUAAAUUCGGAGCCUUUUUCGCAUCAAUUCCCCUACCAAUAUUUGCUGCUAUAUACUGCGUUUUAUUCGGCAUUGUCGCUGCUGUUGGGAUUUCAUUUAUACAAUUUACAAAUAACAAUUCCAUAAGAAAUAUCUAUGUUUUCGGCCUAACCUUGUUUCUUGGGAUCUCAAUUCCUCAAUAUUUUAUCAUGAACACUUCACCAGAUGGUCAUGGUCCAGUUAGAACAAAUGGUGGAUGGUUUAACGACAUAUUGAACACAAUAUUCUCAUCUCCACCAACUGUGGCAAUAAUAGUUGGGACAGUUCUUGACAAUACACUUGAAGCAAAACAAACAGCUGUGGACAGAGGAAUGCAAUGGUGGGCUCCUUUCCAGAAUAAGAAGGGAGAUGUUAGAAAUGAUGAAUUUUAUCGCUUUCCUCUCAGGUUAACUGAAUACAUUCCUACCAGAUUUCUCUAAUAAUUAAAACAUAUAAGUGCUUAUAUCUAAGCCUUUUUUAUGAUCAUGUAAGAUAUGCUGCUCAAACAAACAAAUUUUUCAUAUAGGCAAGUAGCCAAAUUUUAACUUGGGUCAAUUGAUUUAUGUGACUUAGUAUUUCUUAAUGUCU